AGAAUUUUGAAUUGUUUCGUGACAUAUGCAGGCUUCUAUCUCUGUGUAUUCAUCUAUAAUCAGUAAGAAGACAGUGGGACCCAGUUGAAAGAAGUGCUUUUUUCUCUCCUCCUCCGUCAUUCUUCUCUUCAAUUUUUUCCCCCUCUCUCUGACUCUCUCUCCCCUCACUUCACGAAUUGGGUAGUUCAAGUUUUUCGAUUCUUUGCUUUCUAGAUAGAGAAAGAAACUCAGAAACUCUCUGUUGGAUUUGGGGUUGCUGAAUUGAUGGUGUUCUUUCAUAUGGUUGAGAUCGAUUUGGAAGUCAAGCAUAUACGUGUUAAUCGGGUUGCUUCAAUAAUUGAUUGCACAGGUUGCCUGAAAUUUCCUGGGAUCAGAUGAGUAACAUGUGUCGUGUUUGUGGAGCAGAGUUAGUGAGGUUAAAUAAGUGCAAGGAGAAACAAGAAAAUGGAAAUUCUAUACAAUUAAAUGGUAAAGAACCUGUUAUGGCAUGCAAACAUUGUGGGGAGAAGCAAAAUAAAGAUUCUGUCAAGCAGGAUGGUUUAAGUCCUUAUGCAACGCCAUUGAUUAGUCCAACUGCUUCACUGACAAGCAGUGAUAGCAUUGUCUCAAGCUGCAGUGAUUUUUCUGUUGAUGUAAACUCAUAUGGCAGGGAUUAUCAAGAGGAAAGUAGCACUGACAGUAGUCAUGAGGAUCUCAACUUUAGGCCAAAUGCGCAUGUGCAGAACUCCAGCUUGCACCCUUAUGUGAACGAUAAAGUAAAUAAUAGGUGCACUGCUAGAGUUGCAGAAAUUGUAGCAACUGGCAAUGGUCAAGUGAGAGAGAAUGAUUUUGAGAGUGCUAACGAAGAAGCUGGGAUUUCUCAUUCAUUUGAUGAUGAAACGGAUGCCCAAAUAUGGGAACCCCCACAACCAGAAGACAAAGAGGAUGAUAUGGAUGGUAGUGUGGCCAGUUAUGAUGAUGAUGAUGAUGAAUUUGGUGAUGGCACAAAAUGGGGCAAGCCAAGUUGUUUAAGUAGCUUUGCAGAAGAAGGCAGUGGGAGCUACAGGUAUAAAGAGGAGAAACAAAAAGCGAUGAACGAGGUGAUGCAUGGCAAAUUCAAGGCUCUUGUUAGCCAGCUUCUUAAAUCUGUGGGCGUUACCGUUUCAAGGGAAGAUGGUGACAGUUGGGUGGAUAUAGUGACUUCUUUAUCAUGGGAAGCUGCUUCCUUUGUGAAGCCUGAUGCUUUUGAGGGCAAGGCUAUGGAUCCAGAUGGCUAUGUGAAGAUCAAAUGUAUUGCAACUGGUUCUUGCAGCCAAAGUCAAGUUGUCAGAGGCUUGGUCUUCAAAAAGCAUGCUGCUCACAAGCACAUGCCUACCAAGUACAAAAAUCCUAGAUUGUUGUUGAUCCGUGGUGCGCUUGGUUCGUCUUCAAGUGAGUUGUCAUCAUUUGAAUCAAUGCAGCAGGAGAAGGAUAGUCUGAAGUCUAUCAUUGAGAUGAUAGAAACAUGCCAUCCAAAUGUGGUUUUAGUGGAGAAAACUGUCUCUCGUGAUGUCCAAGAAUCUAUUCUUGCAAAAGGAAUGACACUAGUUCUUGAUAUGAAACUGCAUCGCCUAGAGAGAGUUGCUCGUUGUACUGGCUCUUCGAUUCUAUCCUCCGAUAUCUUGACAGGCCAAAAAUUGAAACAUUGUGAUUCGUUCUAUUUUGAAAAAUUUGUAGAGGAACAUAAUGUUUCUGGUGAAGGUGGAAAGAGGCCAAGUAAAACUUUAAUGUUCCUUGUGGGCUGUCCAACACGUCUGGGUUGUACAAUUUUGCUGAAGGGAACUCAGAGCGACGAAUUGAAGAGGAUUAAAUGUGUGGUGCAGUGUGCAGUUGUCAUGGCGUAUCAUUUAAUCCUGGAGACUUCUUUCCUUCUAGAUCAAAGAGCAAUGUUCUGUACCAUUCCUUUCAAUGGAGUGGCAAAUUUAUUAUUGAAUGACCUACAAUCUCCAUCAGUUGGCUCUGGUGAUUCAAAUGUUUCUUGUCUCGAGGAACCUAGUUCAAAAACUGAUUCAUCAUGUACAAUUGAGAUUCCCAUUUCUAAUGGAUUCCAUGAAGAAGGGUCACACAACCUAAACUUGGGAUUAGAAGGCAAUUCUACAUUGUCUUAUGAGCCAUACAAUCCAGUCAUUCUUUCUGGGUUAUCGUCCCUUUCAGCCUCUCUUAAGAAAGUUAUUGAGGAUAGCUUUCCUUUGUUCUCCUCUAGUUCUCACCAAUCUAUGUCUACAUACUACAGCUUAGGUUGUAAUGACUCUGAUAAUCGGACCCCAACUACGGUUCAGGUUUCAACAUCUCCAGAGGCAAAUGAUCAUUCUGUUAUGGAAGCUAAGGGUAGUUCUGAUGAAGAGAAGGAACUUGAUCGUGAACAACCAAAUUCACCGUCAACUUGUAAGAUUCCCCUAGAUGCACAAAGAUCUGGUGUCAAUGAUGAUGACCAAAUGCAAAGCAAGAAUGAUAUCAGCAAAGUUUUGGAUUCUGAGAGUAUUUUGGUUUUGAUGUCUAGCCGGAAUGCCUCAAGAGGGACUAUCUGUGAGCAAAGUCAUUUUUCUCAUAUCAAGUUCUACCGGAACUUUGACGUUCCCCUUGGAAAAUUUUUGCGGGAUAAUUUACUUAAUCAGAGGCUCCGGUGCACCUCGUGUGGUGAACCACCAGAAGCUCAUUUUUACUACUACGCACAUCAUAAUAAGCAGCUUACUAUUCAAGUUAAACGUUUGUCCAAGAACACUUGUUUACCAGGUGAAGCUGAAGGGAAGCUUUGGAUGUGGAGUCGCUGUAGUAUAUGUAGACCACACAAUGGGAACUCAAGAUCUACUAAAAGAGUGUUGUUAUCCACCGCUGCCCGUUGUUUGUCAUUUGGAAAGUUUUUGGAGCUCAGCUUUUCAAACCAGUUUUCAUUUAGCAGUCCAUCAAGCUGCGGGCAUUCCUUGCAGAGGGACUUCCUCUACUUUUUUGGGUUGGGUCCCAUGGCUGCAAUGCUCAGAUACUCUCCAGUUGCAACUUAUUCUGUGUCUGUGCCGCCUCAAAGACUGGAAUUUAGCAAUUCAAUCAGACCAGAAUUGCUUAAGAAAGAAAGCGAGAAUGUAUACUCGAAAGGGAUAUUGCUUUUCACUCAGGUUGCAAAGUCUCUGCAUAAGAUUGAGUCUCAAUUUCCAACUUCAAGUCUGAACUUUCGUGGAUCAUUAAAAGAACUCUCUGAUAUUCAAGAGAUGUUGAAGCAGGAAAGAUCCGAAUUCGAGAUGAAAAUUCAGAACAAUGUUAUAAUGAAUGGGAGUGGUGAGGUUGUUUAUAAACAUCUAUACUUGAACCGAAUACUAUGGGAGCUUCUACUUGAAUCGUGCAUUUGGGAUCGCCGUCUACAUUCAUUGUUAUUGUCUGCUGAUUCUAGUAAAACUAGAACCACCGACACAGAAAUGCAAGGGUGUACUCAUUUGAAGGAGGAUGGCACUGCAGGUGGAGAAACUGACAUGGAAGAAAAUACUUCGGAAAGUGUCGAUAACGUUUCUGGCAAUAAUGCUGAUAUGAAAAUGGAGUUGGGGACAUCUGUAGACGCACAGGAAUUUCCAACUAAAGAAAUUCCCAUUGAAGGUCCAUUUCAAGGAUCUAGGGAACAAGAUGAACCACUCACCUCAUCUAUUGUAGCUAGGGAUAUCAACAGCUCAAAUGUGGGAAGCAUAGAUGUAAGUGGCUCAUUUGGGCAGGAUUUCCUGGUAAAAUCUAAUAUCUCUGCCCAUUCUCGUGAUGGUGAUGAAAAUUGUCAAGCAGAAAAUCUUCCAUCGUCUGCUCGUUUGGUAGCGGACAGAACCAUCCCGAUCAUGACAGAACUUGGAGAUAAUGUUCCUGAUUUAGAUGUGUCCCAAAGGGGUACAACUCCAUUUCCAUUACUAUCCAACGGAGGAAGUUUUAAGGGAUGGGUCUGGACUCCUUUUCCAGAAAUUCGAGAGGAGUACAUGAAGGAUAUUCAAAAAGGUUACUUGCCAAAAUUUGAAUUUACUAGUAGCAAUCUAAUGGGAAGCUUGCCUGUGCUUCGUCAACUGAUUACUGAGGAGGGUUCAAGGCUGCACAUUCCUCUUGGUACUGAUGACUAUAUUGUGUCAGACUAUGAGGGUGAAUUCUCAAGCAUAAUUGCUUGUGCUUUGGCCUUGCUGAAGGAUCUACCUCUUUUAACUGAGGAUCACAAUGAUGAUACUAGAAAAGAGAGAGGAUUUGUUAUAAAAGCGUAUGAGAAUUCACCCAGCAUGACUCGAAUAUCAUCUCUGACUUCCCCACAUUUGGCUUCAGCUGGUUCUUUGGAUUCAGAUGGAAUCCAUUCUUCACCAAGUUUUUCUUCAGAAGAGUCAAACUUGAGUUUUGAUGGGUCAAGGUUGUUGGAGUCUUUGGUUUAUUUGGGGGCCCUUCACCCAGAAGUCUUUAUGGGGGUUGAGAAAUUAUCUGGAAAGGGUAAAUAUUCUGUUGUUUGUCUAUAUGCCAGCCAAUUUCGAGACCUUCGAAAUCGAUGUUGUCCUUCUGAGCUUGAUUACAUUGCUUCUCUAAGCCGGUGUAGGAACUGGGAUGCUAAAGGUGGGAAGAGUAAAUCUUUCUUUGCUAAAACUUUUGAUGACAGGUUCAUUAUAAAGGAGAUCAAGAGGACAGAAUUUGAUUCAUUCGUUAAGUUCGCUCAAGAUUAUUUUGGUUAUAUGAAUCAGUGCUAUGAGCUAGGGAAUCAGACAUGCCUUGCAAAAAUUCUUGGCAUUUAUCAGGUAACUAUUAGACAGACAAAGAGUGGCAAAGAGAUGAAACAUGAACUGAUGGUGAUGGAGAAUCUGUCAUUUGGUCGAAACAUUACUCGCCAGUAUGAUCUUAAAGGUGCUUUGCAUGCACGAUUCAAUGCAGCUGCUGAUGGUUCAGAAGAUGUUCUUUUGGAUCAAAACUUCGUCAAUGACAUGAAUGCUUCUCCUUUAUAUGUUAGUAGGAGAUCAAAGCGCCUUUUGCAACGGGGUGUCUGGAAUGACACAACUUUCCUCAAUUCAAUUAAUGUGAUGGAUUAUUCUCUACUUGUGGGAGUGGAUACUCAGCGGCGUGAACUUGUAUGUGGGAUAAUCGAUUAUCUCAGGCAGUAUACUUUGGACAAGCAAUUUGAGACAUGGAUAAAAUAUUCACUUGUUCCUAAGAAUCAAUUGCCUACUGUCAUAUCUCCGAAAGAGUAUAAGAAGAGAUUUAGAAAGUUCAUGUCUAUAUACUUUCUGAGUGUCCCAGAUCAUUGGUGCUCACAAAGAUCUUCCAACCCCUGCAAACUUUGUGGCAUUGCAGACUAUGAUUCGUCCGAUUAUAUAAUGCAAAAGCAAGGGGAUCGAAGUGAGUUUUCUACCUGAGCUUUUCUAUCUCAGACUAUCUUUUCUGGAGUGGUUGCUUUAUAAUAGUCUAUAUUCAAAUGUUGUAUAUAGUUUGUCAUCACAGUAUAGAUCCCCCACACAUUUUGCAAAUUUUUAGCUAAAAUUGGGGGGAUAAUUUCAUUUCUAUAGGUCUACCAUCCUACACCUGAGUCAUGUAAAAUUUUUGUAAAUCAGAGUGAAUGUAGAAAGUUGCGAUACUUGUAUUAGACUUCUAUAGAUUAUUUGGAAUCAAUUAAAAGAAAGUUAUUUAUUAGAAA